GACUCUUCUUCCUUCUGUGCCAAUCAGGCGCUUUCCAUCUUUAUUCUUAUCUUUCAUCGGACUCUCUGCUAUCAAAAACUUCCAAAAUCUCAGCCAGUUUUCCAUCAGUACAUGGCUCCAAAUUUGGGAGGUCAAUUGCAAAAUAUGCCAAAAAGAUUGACCCAGGUUUGGUUCAAACAUUGUCGACAGUCAACUCUCGAGUCAUUCGAACAGUUUUCAAUCUAACUCUUCAAUUUGAUACGAAAUUGCCAGAUUUAACUGAUCAUGAAGGAACUAAUUGCAUUAGAAAACUGGGAAAAUCUUUAAAUAUUUUAGAUUUUGAAUUGAACUAUUCCUCUUUCUGGCUGCUUGAUAUCUUGUCAAAGAUGAUAAAGGACUUGCAACUCAAGAACGUUUCAGUAAAAGAUCAGAUCACAUGUCUUGCUUGGUUUAGUUUUGUUUUGCGUUGUAUUUCAGUUAGUGGUGCUUCCCGUGAAGAGACAUUCAGUUUUAUGCAAAAUGUUUUUAAGAAGACUGUAAAAAUAAUAAAUGAAGGCAAAUCAAUACCUAAACCUGAAGAUGUAGGAAGUGAUGAGAACACAAUAUCACACAGACUGUUGUCAGAUUCAAAAAGCUUGUCAUCAAAGUCACUUACAGGUAGUGAAUCCUCAAAACGUAAGAAGCGGAAGUCAUCAAAUAUGUCACAGAAGUCAACAAAAACACCAUCAGUGACAUCAAGUAAAAGUCGAAAGACUGUAACGAAGUCUUUUUCCGAAACAAGUACUUUCUUGAUAAGCCCAGAAGAAAAAGUUAACAUGAAUUUAGACACCUUUUACAUGUUCAUAAAGAUGAUUUAUCAGGUGUUUGCAGACAGAUUUGUAUACUCAGUAGUGAGUGGGGUGUACAGCUCCCCUGUGAUUGUGACCCCAGUAGAUAUGCACAUGGACUUUCACAACCCAAAACCACCCAAACCAGAGCCUGUCAGCCCACCUCCUGAGAAAAAUAUGUCACUUAAAAAGCAGAAAGCGUCUACUGCUAAGUCUAGUAAAAAAGAAGGUGGAAGUAAGAAAAAGGAAAGUAAGAAACCAAGAAGUAGUUCAAAAGUGUCUGGUCCCGAAGGGCCUUCUUCAGGAACAGAUAAAAGAAAACAGAAGAAAUCCAAGGGAAAUAAGGAAAUAAAAAUAGGUGAUGACAAACUGACAAAAGAUAAAGGAGAACAAAAAAGUAAAACAAAAAAGAUAAAAGAUGAAACAAAAGAAUUGCCAGAAGGAAAGAAAACUGGAAAAGGCAAGAAAUUCUCAAGAAAGAGCAGAAAAUCAAGUAGUUUACAUGAUGAACAAGAUAUACAAAGAAUUCUGUUGGAAGCAAGGAUUAAACAAUUUGACAGAGUUGGUUCUCCUGAAAGAGAACUUGAAAUAGAAAAACUUAACACUAAAGAUAAAUACAUACUUCCCCUUGCAGAUGCCGUUAGUGACAACUUUGUAGAAAAUCUGAUACAAAGAUUAAUUCCAUCAGAGGAAAUACCUGUAGAAGAACGAAAACCAACGAAUGGCAAGGGGAAAAAGAAAUCAAUUGCAAAGGAGGGUAAAAAGAAACAGAAAAAUAAGAAGUAAUGUGAUCUGCAGAAUAAUAUUGUUUUAUAGACAAAAAUGUAUUUAUUUGUUUUAAAUAAAGGAACUUCUAUCAAAUUAAAA